UGCUCUUAGCACAAGCAGAAUUAUGCAAAUCGUGCAGCAAAUUCAAAUAUCUGAUUCUUAAGUGGCCAUAUGACUGCAGUUCUUUAUGCGGCAAUAUUGUGGUUAGCUAGUUAAGGUACAGUUUACUUUUGCGUUACAAGGUUGUUGGGGUUAUUCAAGACUUUUGGUAAUCUCCUCCUAAAAAGAUGGCGCAGUCUACAUUGCCAUAGAACAUUAAAUCCCUGUUAAAUAUGGCAUGUUUGCAUUGUGGUUACAGCUUCUGUUAGUUGCCACUUGUGCAGAUGAAAUAUUUCAUUAAUCCCUAUUUGAAAGGGGUGUGUGGUUAUAGGGCAUUGCAGCCUCUGAGUCAUUUCUGCAUAGACCUCUUUUUUUGAUGCAGGACCAUCCCUUUUUUUACAGUUUUUCAUCUGCUUUGUUAUGUUCAUUUCAAUCACUGACUGAAAGGAGUUGGGGUGCAGGUCAGUGGCUCAGCUUAUCAGCACAUUCCUGCCCUCCUGUGUGCUCUGUGUGGAACAUUGAUAAGCCCUGGGUUGAUUGAGUUCAGGAGGUGGCUUCCUGGUCUGGCUAUGAUCACUAACUCCAGCUGUGGAGCCCAAAAAUAGACUCAUGAUGGUUUACAGGGCCACUGCUCUUUAAAUUUUCUAUCCUUUAUUUCGCAAACAAAAAGUCAUUUUGUUGUGGUUUCAUAUAUCUACCCAAAGCAGCUUUUAUUAGUUUCAGUAGAUGUGUUCAUGCUGUCACACAUUACCAUUACCAUUAUUAGUCCAUCCACCUGGACUGCUUAAUAGAGUCAUUUUACACUGAAGGUUUUGAAGCCAGGAAGUAGGAAGGAGUGACUAACAUGAUGUAGCAUUUAUUCAUAUUUCUCCAUUUUGUAUUCAUGUAUAAAAUACAAGAGAAGGAAAGUGACAGGUGCCCUUACAUGCAACAAUUAGCAGGUCAGAUUUUUUAUGUGCCCCUUUUGGUUCACAUGGAAAUAAUUAAUUUGAAGACUGGCUGACUGAAGGCAGUGGAGAGAGGAAACUAUGUGUGGAAUCUGUUCCCAGCACUGUCAGGCUCCUGUUUGGAUGAGGGAUGUAAAUUUAACUUGUUCGCUAAGCCAGCAGGGACCAGGUGCUUGGCAGACGUGUCCAACUUGAUCGUUAUCCUGGCUGAUGACUGCGAUGUCAUGACUCACAUGGCCUUGGUUGAGCGUAUAGUCCUUGUAUCUGAAUCAAGGCUACAUCCUUUAUAAAAAUGUGUAACUCAUUUGUGUGUAAAUUCAACCUUGAAGUCUUAGUUCUUCCUUAUUUUUUUUCUUCCCUAUCAAAUGAGAUCAAAUGGGCAGUAAACCUGAUCUGUUUUCUGCUCUUCCUGUUAUUGGAUUGUAUGAAAGUCUUGUGUAUUUUCUGCAUUACACAGUAUUUCACAGCUAGUAAUACUACAGCAUAGGGGUCUGGAUGCACAAUGCACCCAAGUCAGUGAUCAAUGCAGGACAGACGGAAUAUGCAAAUGAUGCGCUCACAUACUGUACAGUAAAAUUGCAAAAUUGCCUCUGUAAUAACAAUGCCAUGAAUACAGGGAUUUAAUAAAGACCAAGGAGUUAGCAGGCCUUGGGGAAUGAUUAAGUGCCUAGGAUUGUGUAAAUGGUUUGCAGUAAGAGCUUUGUGUGGGCAACCUUUCAAUCAUGUCAUGCAUUAAGAUAAAAUGCACAGUGAUUGAAUGUUGCCACAUUAAUGGCUCGCAGAAUAAAGUACAGCAGCGUAUGCUGUGUUCUCACUUCACUCAUCUCUGCGUGACCUGGAACAAAAGUUGUGUUGUAAAAAGAAGGGAAGUCCCAGUGGUUAAUAGCAUCUCUGUUCCUGGUGGGGGGAAAUGCAGCUCCUCACAAACAGAACAGAAGAUCUGUGCCUGCUGUUGUUGUCUUAGUCAUUAGUCUUAAUGAUUCCACAAAUGUAAAUUUAUUGAGUGCAAUUCUUACAAUACACAGUUGCUCACAGUGGUUGGGACCACAACUACUAUACUAAAACAAAAAUAAUAUCAGCUUUAUUACACGUCUCCUUUUAGUGUGUUGCAGUAUUUUCAAUGCCAUGUUAACAGUUGCCACCACAUGCCUUUGCACAGCUGAACUAUCAAAGAGAGUUAAUUUUAACAACAAAGUUGGUCUUGACUCUUCUGAAAGCCACAACUUAGGCCACACUUAAGCUUCUUUGCAAAAAAGACAUUGAAAAGUUCCUAUUUAUUGACUGUUCUUGUGUUGCGAUUUGAAAAUACCAAGUGUUCAUGGUUUAUGAGUAUUGACGGCUGUGUUGAUGCCACACAGAAUUCCAUCCGGCUCAGCACAGCAGCUCAAGGGUUAAGUCCGAUACAGCAGUUUGCACUGCGGAUGUGGAUGUUCACCAGUACAGAGGAGUCCCAUGCUGUAGCGGAACUGCAGAUCCUGCACAGAUUGCUGCCAAGCCAGGGGGGAUUCACGCUGAUACUGUGAGCACUUAGGAAGAGUUGGAGGGAGCCAUCAGUUCUGAGGAAUAUGCUGGGAGAAGACGCAGAAAUAGUGCUGGGGUGCAACUGUGCGGUGUGUUUCCUAUAACCACACCUGUGUUUGUGGUGUGGGAGCGAAGUAUUGGAGAAGACGAGGAAGGCGGGGGCAGGUCUCUGCCGGCACUGAUUGGUGCGGUCAUGCACUGAGGCUGCUGAUGUGCGUCUGCAGGAAUCUCCUGCUGGAUUUACUGAGGAGUAGCUGGAGGUUGAAAACGCUUUUGUCUGUGUUCUCUGGUGUGACCGUAAUGAACUGAUAGCGCAGCGAUGGAGGAGACUGUCAUUUGGGAACAGCACACAGUAACACUACACAGGGCACCAGGGUUUGGCUUUGGAAUAGCCAUAUCAGGAGGUCGGGAUAACCCUCAUUUUCAGAGUGGUGAGACCUCCAUUGUCAUCUCAGAUGUGCUGAAAGGAGGCCCAGCAGAGGGCCUGCUGCAGGAAAAUGACAGAGUUGUUAUGGUCAAUGCUGUUUCCAUGGACAAUGUGGAGCAUGCGUACGCAGUCCAGCAGCUUCGUAAAAGUGGGAAAAUUGCCAAAAUUACAAUCAGGCGAAAAAGGAAGGUGCACGUCCCCAUGGGCCGCCUGGGGGAGAGGGAAACUAUGUCGGAGCAUGACGAGGAGGAGGACAGCUACGACGAAGAGAUAUACGAGACGCGGAGUGGGCGCAGUGGUGCUUACAGCGGCGUGGGCGGUGCUAUGGGAAGGCGCAGCGGGCGGAGCAGCGGGCGGAGCAGCGGGCGGAGGGACCGGGAACGUGAGCGCAGCGGCUCACGGGAGAGGAGUCUCUCCCCGCGCUCAGACCGGCGCUCACACAACCUGCCUCCACGUCCUGCCAAGGUCACGCUGGUGAAAUCCCGCAAAAAUGAAGCAGAAUAUGGCCUGCGCCUGGCCAGCCACAUCUUUGUCAAGGACAUUUCCCCUGAGAGCCUGGCAGCCAGAGAUGGCAACAUCCAGGAAGGGGAUGUUGUACUGAAGAUUAACGGCACAGUGACAGAGAACCUCUCCUUGAUAGACGCCAAGAAGCUGAUAGAAAGGUCAAAGGGCAAGCUAAAAAUGGUUGUUCAGAGGGAUGACAGAGCAACCUUGCUGAACAUACCUGACCUCGAUGACAGCAUUCCUUCAGCCAACGCCUCUGACAGAGAUGACAUUUCAGAUAUCCAUUCUCUGGCAUCCGACCAUUCCAAUCGAUCACAUGACAGACAUCGUAGCAGCCGCUCUCGCUCUCCAGACAGACGAUCUGAACCCUCAGACCACUCCAGACACUCACCCCCACAGAUCAGCAAUGGCAGUCACAGAAGUCGAGAUGAUGAACGGGUUUCCUCCAAGGCAGCUUCAACACCAGCGAAGCUACCGGAGGACAUUCCUCUACCCAAACCGAAGGAGUCUGCAAUUGCCAGAGAGGAAAAACAGCUUCCACCCCUUCCAGAGCCCAAGCCAGUAUAUGCUCAGCCUGGACAGCCAGAUGUUGAUCUACCAGUCAGCCCAUCUGAUGCUCCUGUGCCAAGUGCAGCCCAUGAUGAUAGCAUAUUACGCCCAAGCAUGAAGCUGGUAAAGUUUAAAAAAGGGGAGAGUGUGGGGCUGCGUCUGGCUGGAGGCAAUGACGUGGGCAUCUUUGUAGCUGGCGUGCUGGAGGAUAGCCCAGCUGCUAAGGAGGGCCUGGAGGAGGGCGACCAAAUUCUCAGGGUAAAUAAUGUUGAUUUUGCAAACAUAAUUCGAGAGGAGGCAGUGCUUUUUCUCCUGGACCUUCCUAAAGGUGAAGAGGUGACCAUUUUGGCUCAGAAGAAGAAAGAUGUGUACCGUCGGAUCGUGGAGUCGGAUGUUGGCGAUUCCUUCUACAUUCGGACACACUUUGAAUAUGAGAAGGAAUCUCCGUAUGGAUUAAGCUUUAACAAGGGUGAGGUGUUUCGCGUAGUGGACACCCUGUACAAUGGCAAGCUGGGUUCUUGGCUUGCUAUUCGCAUUGGAAAGAACCACCAAGAGGUGGAGAGGGGCAUCAUCCCCAACAAAAACAGAGCGGAGCAGCUCUCCAGUGUGCAAUACACUCUUCCCAAAACUGCAGGGGGUGACAGAGCCGACUUCUGGAGGUUCCGUGGUCUUCGCAGCUCAAAGAGGAACCUUAGGAAGAGCAGAGAGGACCUCUCUUCCCAGCCAGUUCAAACAAAGUUCCCUGCUUAUGAAAGAGUAGUACUGAGAGAGGCUGGUUUCCUGAGACCAGUUGUGAUAUUUGGACCCAUUGCUGAUGUAGCUCGAGAAAAACUGUCAGGAGAGGAGCCUGAUCUUUUUGAACUCGCAAAGAGUGAACCCAGAGAUGCAGGAACAGACCAGCGGAGUUCAGGAAUCAUUCGUCUUCACACCAUCAAACAAAUCAUUGAUAGAGACAAACAUGCUGUGCUGGACAUUACCCCGAAUGCUGUGGACAGGCUGAACUAUGCUCAGUGGUACCCCAUUGUAGUCUUCCUAAAUCCCGAUAACAAGCAGGGUGUGAAGAACAUGAGGACUAGGCUGUGUCCAGAGUCUAGGAAGAGUGCCAGGAAGCUCUAUGAACGCGCCAUCAAACUGAGGAAGAAUAAUCACCACCUGUUCACCACCACUAUCAACCUAAACAAUAUGAAUGACGGCUGGUACGGAGCUCUGAAAGAAACAAUCCAGCAACAGCAGAACCAGUUGGUGUGGGUGUCAGAGGGCAAGGCGGAUGGCACUACAGAGGAUGACUUGGACAUUCACGAUGACCGUCUGUCUUACCUAUCGGCGCCAGGUAGCGAAUACUCCAUGUAUAGCACUGACAGCCGUCACACUUCUGACUAUGAGGACACGGACACGGAGGGUGGAGCGUACACUGACCAGGAGCUUGAUGAGACGUUGAAUGAUGAAGUGGGUCUUCCCACGGAGCCUGCCAUCACUCGCUCUUCAGAGCCCGUGCGAGAGGACCCGCCUGUAAUUCAGGACACUCCUGGUUACCCUGGUUAUCAGCACCCUGUGCAGCCUGACCCAGCCAGCCGCAUAGACCCCGCUGGGUUCAAGAUGGCAGCUCCACAGCAGCAAGAUGAAGCUGCUCUGCCAAUGCCCUCGUUGCCUCCGACGGCGGUAGCGCCCCCUGCUGUUGAGCAGCCCGUGCAGCUAGAGGGUAUGCACCUAGAGGAGCCGCCUGCUGCAGCCGCAGCUCCUCAGGCUGACUCACUUAGCAGCCCCAGCCCUGCCCCUGAGCUUAUUCAGCCCCCACCAACACACGAACCCCACCCGUCUGGACUGCCUGGUCCAGAACCAAAGAUGUACAAGAAAGAUCUGUACAAUAUGGAGGAUCCUGUGCGAAUCAACCAUGGCCUGAAGCAGUCUCUGAGCUACAGUCACCAGCCGCCGUACCAGGACAAACAGCCAUACCGCGAAUAUGACCACCCGCCUUAUGGAUACGAUGGAGGCGGCUACACAGAACCAAAGCCUCACACUGACUCUCACCUGCACUACGACAACCGUGUGCCUCAUUACAACGAACAGUGGCCCCCCUACGACCAGCAGACCUCACCCUCCCAGCCUACAGGGUACCAGCCGGGCCACCAGCAACCCAUGGGCUACAGCCCCCGGUCACCCUACGAGGAUGGACCAGGGAGGGACUACAGCCCCCCUCAGCCACGUUACGAUGAGGCCCCUCCAGUGGGCUAUGAUAGACGCCACAGUAAACCUGGGCCAGUUCGUUAUGAUGAACCACCUCCAGCAGGAUACGAUGCCCGUUCUCCUUAUGAGGCUGAACCUCAUGGCUUCCCCAUUAAUUCACCUCGAUCACCAGAGCCUCCAAAGCAGUAUUACGGUGACUCUGCUCUAAGGCCAACCUACAUGCCUGGACCUCCAAACCGGGGCUAUAAACCAGGGAUGCAUGAGCCUAUGAUAAAGUCUGAACCCAUUUCCCCCCCUAAACCAGAGACCCUCCCCUCGCCAAGUGAGCCAGCCAUCAGUCCGGGCUCUAAACCUCUCCCUCCUCCACCCCGAGAAGACCUGGAUGAGGACCCAGCCAUGAAACCGCAGUCAGUGCUCAACAGAGUCAAGAUGUUCGAGAAUAAACGGUCUGUUUCUAUGGAUAGGGCUAAAGAAGGUGGAGAGUCAUCAGUACUCAGGCCUGCAGAUGUUCCUAAACCUGUAAGUGCACCUGGCCCAGUUCUCAAAGCAAAUUCCCUCAGCAACCUGGAGCAGGAGAGGUCCACCUAUAGGGCUCCCGAGCCACAGAAGCCCCACACUAAGCCUCUGGAUGAUGUAGUGCGCACCAACCACUAUGAUCCAGACGAGGAUGAGGAGUACUACAGGAAACAGUUGUCCUACUUUGAUCGCCGUAGUUUUGACAGCAAAGCCAUGGGCCAGCCUCCCCCGGGUAUCAACCGCUUCCAUGACCUGCCCAAACCAUCUCAGCUGGCCUACCCCUACAACAGAGUUGAGUCUGUAGAGAAGGUGAGCCCAGUGGAAAAACGAUAUGAACCACUACCGCAGAUCAGCCCCUCCUCUCAGUACGGGCCUCCAGCCUCCACCAUCCCACCCAACACUCUGCCCAAACUCAGCCCCAGCGACGCUAACUCUAUACCUGAGCCCCUGAGCUCACCCAAUCCUAAACCCGAGCUGGCAGCUCUCAGGCUGAGCAGCAGGGAUGACCCUGCACCAGUGGGCUACCUGUCGCGGGGCCUCCCUGACAAGUCUCCUGUCAACGGCACGGAUGCGGCGCCUCCAAAGACGCAUCCUCCUCCCCCUCCCACUAGUUAUAACCGCUACGUCCCCAAGCCUUACACCAGCUCUGCCCGGCCCUUUGAGCGCAAGUUUGAGAGCCCCAAAUUCAACCACAACCUGCUGCCCAACGACACACAGGUGAAGACAGACCUCCUCAGCAAGUCCUUGGUGGGCAACAGUAGCGGGAAGCCUCAGCUUUCACCACAGCCCCUCGAUCAUGACAGUGGCCUGGACACCUUCACACGCACUAUGGACAACAGGCCAAAGUACCAGCACAAUAACAUCAACGCCAUCCCCAAGGCCAUUCCUGUAAGUCCCAGCGCGCUGGAUGAUGAUGACGAGGACGAAGGGCACACAGUGGUGGCCACUGCCCGGGGCGUCUUUAACUGUAACGGAGGGGUCCUGAGCUCCAUCGAGACGGGUGUCAGCAUUAUCAUCCCUCAAGGUGCCAUACCCGAAAGCGUGGAGCAGGAAAUAUACUUCAAGGUGUGCCGGGACAACAGCAUCCUGCCCCCCCUCGACAAGGAGAAAGGAGAAACGCUGCUAAGUCCGCUGGUGAUGUGUGGCCCUCAUGGACUCAAGUUCCUGAAGCCGGUGGAGCUGCGCUUACCUCACUGUGCGUCUAUGACCCCUGAUGGUUGGUCUUUUGCUCUAAAAUCCUCCGACUCCUCGUCGGGUGACCCCAAAACCUGGCAGAACAAAUCUCUCUCUGGAGACCCAAACUACCUGGUGGGUGCAAACUGUGUGUCUGUGCUCAUUGACCACUUCUGAAGAGGGCGACAGCUGGCCUGUUACUGAAUGUGAUGAGCAGGGGUCAGCGUUCGUCCCUGCUGUGCUCCCUUCACAGUGGCGGGGUGCACAACGCUCCAUGAAGUACGAACUUGAUAUUCUCACAUUGUUUACUGUGCCCAAAAUUAAAAAUAAAACUAGUUUAAAAAAAAAAAAAAAACAAUGGUAAAAAGCCCACACACAA